AUGACAGCUGCACUAAGAAUGCUUACUUAUGGCGUGCCAGCAGAUCAAAUUGAUGAAUACCUACGAAUUGACCAAAGUACAGCUAUUGAAAGUCUUAAUAGAUUUGUUAAGGCAGUUGUUGAAAUUUUUGGUGAUGAGUACUUGAGAUCACCAAACAGCAUUGACAUCGCAAGAUUACUUGCUCUAGACAAACAACGUGGAUUUCAUGGAAUGUUGGGGAGCAUUGAUUGUAUGCAUUGGAAGUGGAAGAAUUUUCCUAUAGCAUGGCAUGGUAUGUAUUCUGGUCACAUCCAUGAACCAACAAUUAUUUUGGAAGUUGUGGCUUCAUAUGAUCUUUGGAUAUGGCACGCAUUCUUUGGACUCCCAGGUUCUCAUAAUGACAUUAAUGUGUUAGAGCGAUCUUCUGUAUAUGCCAAACUUGCUAAAGAACGAGCUCCCAAAGUGAAGUACAGAAUCAUGGACAACGAGUAUAAAAUGGGAUACUGUAAGUAUAUUGGACUACUUCCUUCAACACAUGACUUUCCCAAGAUCUCAAGGACAAUAGACAUGCAAAGAAUUAGGAGGGUAUCUCUCCUAAUUGUUCGGUGA